AUGGAACUGAGAAUACUGCUUUUUCAUUUAGUGUUAGUUCACAGUGGAUAUCCACCGUCCGGGGACGAAGUUAUUCCAGGCAGUGUUCUGCUUCCAGCGACGAGGCGUGGUAGAUAUCUGGCGAACAUCGUGAGAAGACAGGCUGUUGAUGGAACGGGUAUUAAAUUUAACAAGGAUGCCGAUAGAAUCAACGCAGAGGCUAAAAAGAAGGUGGAUGUUCUUUCCGAAGAACUGUUACCAUACAUAAUAGCAGAACAGGAGAGACGUACAACUUUGUACAAGCGUAUAAUGACAGCAAUACAAAAUGGCGAAAAAGGUGUCACCAUAGCCGAGAUUCGAAAUAAACCACCGUUAAUUAUAAGAAAAGGAAUGCUUUACCGAUGCCCAUCGAACCGAGCUCCCAAAGAGCCAGAUGGAUCUGGUAUCCUCAUGUGUGAAGACAGCAUCGAGCCGAGUCAAGUUAUGUAUGACUCCUGUCUCAGUGCAGAGGACAAAGAGCUCUAUGUUGCUGAGAAUAAUUACUUCUUUUGUAAUCGUCACAAAAUCGAAGGUCCUGACUUGCCGCGCAAUGGUUCAACUGUUAUAGGUUGUGCGCCGAUAGAGAGGACGUCUCUCAACUACACAAACCUCAAGUGUGCCUUGGAGGACACUGACGAUGUUGUUGUGCAUUACAGAUAUUAUCCUGAUAGGACAUACAAGUUUGUGACAGAACUGGAUCCAGACCGGGAAGUCUGCGAUCACUGGAACCCUUGUCAGAUAGGCUACAUUUACAGCCUACCUACUCCAGACCAGGCCUUACUAGCCAGUGAACUGUGGCAUAAUUAUGAGGACAGCUUGGAAGAAUUUGUGUCACCACUAUGUACUGAAUAUUCAACAAGUCCACGAAAAGUCCUCAUUCCCGAAGGAUACGAAUUCAAGGCGGUCAAGCGCAAGAGGCCUCAUAGUAAUCAAUUGGAAGACCUAGACGACCUGUCAUCGCCUACAUAUUCUCUCGAGUUGUCUCCAGACAACACGUUCGUGACAGUCACUCUCACCUUCUCGCCGUGGGCCAAGACCAAGGAUUAUGGAGAGUACUAUGUACAGUUUGGCAGUGCACGUCGAAAUAAAGAGAAAUAUGUGAAAUUGGUUAUUUUAUUGGGAAGUAUGACGACGAUCUCCUAUCGCACCAUUGAGCUCCUGCAGGGUCAGCGAGCGAACACGUCUAGUAUUGCGUUCAAAUGCAAUAGGUGCCGCCUGCUUAAUGUUAUUGUACGAGCCAGUGAUAGCAAUAUAUAUAACUUAGACAGUUCAAGAUAUCGCUUAAGAGAGUACCGAGAUAAGGAAGGCAAACCUAAGCAACUCCUAGAAAUCGAAGUGGAGGGAAUGAAGACACAAGAUUUUGGUGAUUAUUUCGCAGUGAUACAGAAUGGCGAAGGGUUGGAAGAGAGGGUUAAAGUUCUAAGUGUGCUCACUCCCGAAAAGGACACAGAAAACGCGAUUAAAAUCCAGCGCCUCAGUGCGUCGUUUGACGUUGGCGGCCAUUUUGAUCGCACAAUGAAUUACACGUGCGAAGAGUGUUCUGUCACGGAUAUUCUGUGCAAUGGCGAGAGUGUGUUGUCUGCUGGAAGAGUAUCUGUCAUACACGUCACUAAUAUGAUUAGCUUCAACUUUCCAAGAUUUGAAGACAACCACGCUUGCGUAUACAUGGGAUUCUUUAAGAAUAAGAACAAAUUCAUCAAAAAGAUAUUAGCUGUUAUUGAUAAUAAUUCGCCUGGUGUUGUAAUACCAGAAGUGGUGAAAUUGGCUACUCCAAAGAUCGGUGAGCAGUUUCAGCAGCAGGUGCCGUUCACCUGCAGUGAUUGUUCUGUUGAAAAGGUCUUCGUUAAUGGUAUACCGCUGGAGACGUCAUUUAGGCGGAAUUCUGUUGGGUCCAUUGCAAUAUUUACGGCGACUUCAUCAGAAAUAACGAUAAGUAUAACAGAAUACACCCCAACGUAUGAGGGAGUGUAUCAAGCGGUCUUUGCGUCUGGCUCCGAUGCUGUCACCAAAACCAUUAUGGAGAUGCGAGAUGUAGCUGAAGUUACUCAAACUCAAGAAGAAACAACCGCUGGUACCACCAUCGCAGUCUCCGAAUCAGACGUGUCAGCACCUGAAAGCAGUGUAUCGGACACAGCCACUGAAGCUGGUGCGGCUGAAACUACGGAGCCUGCGGCGGCUGCUACGUAGAAACGUCAAAAGUUCAUUGACUCCACGUAAUGAAAGUAUUAUUAAA